UUUCGUUCCAUUUCUACUACUCCGUACUGCUACUGGCAGUGAGUGGGGUGGGGUGGGACCCAGAAGGCGGCGGACCCAUCUCUAUCGGUGGUCGCCGGGAGAUCAUAAGGCGCCACUUACGAGUCCUUUCUUCCCCCCCGAACACCAAAUUAGGGCUGGCUGGCUUGGUUGAAGAUUUUUCAUUGAAAACCUUCCCGCCCAUGGUCAGUCAACCUUUUUAUCAUCAACUCUUAUCAAAUAGUUAGUUUUUGUUUUGACUAUACUCUUGAACUAUUGUGUUGCCUAUUAUGAAGGUAACUAAUUAGUUACUAUUUUUUAUUUUAUUUUAUUUUAUUUUCAAUUCAAAUCCUGUUUUGAUUGUUGAAGAAGGUCUCCUUAUUCAGUCAGGCCUUUGAAUGUCCUUGUAGCUCCGUACUUUCUAUACUUGCAGAAUUGCUGUGAAAUUACAGCCAUUGCUAACUCUCUAGGGCAAAAAAAGCCCUCCUCAAAGCACCUCAUUUUUUCGCGAAAGUCUUUUAUUAUUUUCUAAUGUUGUUGUUGGUUGUUGCUUGUUACCAAUAACCCCAAGUAAUGUACAUGUACAUGUACAUACAUACAAUCUCAGCUCUUGAAUUCCAGACAGGGAACAGCUUACCUGGCCUGUACUGUGCACCAAUUGCUCGUGAUAUAAGAGGCACAAUAGACUGUACUGUAUGUAAUGUACAUACAUCCAGUCACUCAGCUCUAGCUAAGGGCUUCUGAACAAUAUCUACCACCGCAGGUAGUAAAUCUGGCCCGUGUGUUUUGGUUUCCCUUGGGUAUCCAUUAUCCAUAUCCACUGCGGGCGGUUCUUCAUCCGGCCCAUUUUCAAGGGUGAUUUCGAUUGGAGUGGCCCAAUGCCUAUCAACAGGUCAAGGCUAACCCGGUCGCUCUAAAGUUCAGAACAUGGUCCGUGAGUUUCGUGGGGAAAUAUCGAGAAAUGGUAUGUUAUGUGCAUCGCCCGAGAGUACAUUUGAUGAUUGCUGCUCGAUGGGGUGAUUAUAUACAGAGCCUGCUUCAGAACAUCAAAACGAGGCCAUCUCGGCUUAAAUGAAUAAUUCGAUUAUUCCGCACGAGCUCUGAGUACUCUUCAUUUUCAUCAUCAUUUAUCCUCAUCAUCCCAAAGGACUGUGGUGUAUGUACGGUUCUUGUGUGUACCGAGGCUGUCUUUUGAACCAUAGGCCCAUCAAAGGUUUGUUGGCCUGGAUUUCUGGAUGUUGAUGUUGCAGAAGUCGAUGGCUGCAAAAGUCAUACAAUUGAUAACUCUGGAUGCCCUUUCCACAUCACAUUCUAUUCUGGUCCAAGGAACUAGCCAUAUGCUUUUGGUCAGCGCAAUCAUCUUCUGAUAGGCAAAAGAACUCUGCAUGGAGAUACAGAUGUAAAAACUGACUUAGAUGACAACUACAUUUGGCCUUGAGAGGUUGAAGAAUCACUUUGACCUUUGACAGUGUGUGUGGCAACCUGACCUGACCAUCUGUGAACUGCAAUAUAAUUUCAAAAACUCUUCAAGAGGCUGUGGUGACCGACGCUUAUGCUGGAUGCAUUUCUUCAUCUUUAUUCUAUUUUCUUGCACAGAGUAAUGCCACGAAGCGUACUUCUUAAUUAAAAAGUGUGAGUGUUCCAUGCCUCUUCGAGCGAACGUAAUGUGGUGGAUGUGGAUGACUUGAAAGAAACCCCGAACACUUGAUCUCCAUGCAUCCCAUCCUUGUCAUGACCUGCAAUCUCCGAGAAAUUAGCGGUUCCGGGACCAAUAUCAACCCGGGGGGUUUUGCUGCCAUGAUAACGUGGCAACCAGGGCCCAGCGGUUUGGUCAAGAAUUCGAGCAAAGAGCCGAACGAACUGGAGCUUCGGAAUUUGCUUGUGGGUGAGGCUGAUGUUCGAGCUUCGAGUGAGAUUUUGUGUUCCUUGGACCAAAACAACCGUCUGUGAUGCUAAAUAAGAUGCGACACGCCGCUGCACCUUAGCGGGUUUCUCUCGGGAGUCGUUUCGAGCAUGCAAAUUCAAGGCUAGUUCGAAGUUGGACUCGAGCAAAAUAGCAUCAACAUCGCCUCGCUUCAGCGCCCAUUAUUUGCAUAGCAGCCUCGAUGAGAAAAUCUGGACAAGAACUGAUACGCUGCAGCGGAAAAGAAUGAGCACCGAGGUAGUAAGUUAAUUCCAAAA